AUGACGGAUAAGAUUAUCCACGAUUACCUCCGCUUGGCAUACGUGGCUGGGCUUCAUGAACUGUGUAUCGCUAUUUAUCAUGCACGACAUCAGUUGGACCUUCAUCAGGACCAGAUUAGUCCUGAUAGAAGGGUAAGGGAUGCUCCUGGGGAGACAAAUCCGUCUGCACAUUUUCCGAUAUCAGGUCAGAAUGGUAAUUCCAUUGGGAUUACAGAUGCGUCUUCGCUAUCAAAAGGAGUCAAGAGUGUUUUUGUGGUGUCCGAGUACAUUGUUGAUAGUGCAUACAUCCUGCGACAUCAUACAGAGCUGGUGAGACUGGCGUUCCACAGUAGUCGCUAUCUACGCGAAUGUGCGGCGACAUCAUCUGUUUCACCUGAAACAAUGACUUAUUUUUCCCUCCUGCGUUGUUUCUGGCGCACGGUAUGCCUCUCGGAGGCUUUUUCUAGGGAGGAGGCCAACAGUGUCGAUGGAGGCGCCAAAGGUGUUGGUAGCAGCAAGCAGGCACUUGCUGACGCACGCUACAUCAUGGAGCACCACGUGGUUUCACUCUUCCCUGCAAACAAUACUAUGACUGACUCCUCACGAAGCGAGAUGCUGGAUUCUUUUCUUCGAAGCGUCCAGCGCAUGGUAAAGUAUGACUCUAGUGGUGAUAGUGGUGAGAUGCUUUUCUUCAAGCGUUGCCUUGAGCUUGGGCUGUUCAACAGGGUAUUGGAUAAUCACCCAUCUGCUCAAGCAAGGAACAGGAAGGAUAACGUGGAGUCUAAAGACAGUAGCCCAGAUAUGCCAGUCGGGAUGCUUGCUCGUGAUGAAUAUGAACACGAUGAUGAAAGAGGAAUCCUACGCACAGGAGUAGACUUAUCUAUUCUCACUACUCCGGCUACAUUGUCUUCCACUAGUGGGGUCGAAUUUUUGUAUGCUCAUCUCAUCAAUACGUGCGCCGCUGGUAAACACACUGUAAAAGCGAUGUCCUACCUAGAUUCCGCUCGGAAAAGUCUUGGUUUGCCACCUAUUUUUAUUGGUGGACUGGAUGGAACGCAGGGAGGCUUCUUGGUUGGUGAAAUCGCUAACGAGAAGCUCAGUGACGUGAACGGCUCAGGUCUGUCCAGCGUGCCGUAUCGAUUAACCUCGACGCAGGGUGAUGUUUCUGGAGCUGAGCAAGUAUCAGUCUCCGAAUAUGUCUUGUAUCGCCUUCUCAACGUCUUGCAGAUCACCCGUGAUAACCGCCACAUCAUUGAGGUGGCGCGCACGAUGAUAGGAGAAUGUGGUGCCAGCAGCAUUGGCAUCAGUGUGUGGAGCAUUUUUCUUGUGGCCGCUGGCGAGGUUCGUGCGACGGAUGUGGCCCUUGAGGCGUAUCACAUCGGUCGGAGUCGCCUGCACCACAGCGGAGAGGUGGCGAUGUCCCCUAGUGUGCGCCAAAGGUAUGAGUACCUGCUUCAAACUUCGCUAAAUACCCUUUCGAAAUGUCAAGUGAAGGACUUUGAGCUACAUUAUCUGCUCCCAUGCCAGGAGUCCGGCCUCCUGAACUGUACCGAGGAGUUUUACUUUUGUUGCCUACUCCAGGAUGCCCACAACUCGUUGGAUCCAGUGGGACAAUGCAGGGCCAUUCGAAAUCGCAUGAAUGAUCGCGAUGUGGCGCUCACUGUUGGCAUUGUAUCACGAUUGCUGAAGCUCUACCUGCGAGUGGAGUCAGCGGAGUUCUUUCAAACCUAUCGCUAUGCAGUGCAGGACUUGAAGCUUUUCAGACCUGCUUGGCUGGACUCGCUCUUGUUAUGGGCCGACCGCCGCAGGUACUUUCUGACACAGGAGGAGCGUGCCUACAUUAUAAAUGAAGUACGGCGAGUAAAGGGCAACCUUAAAGGUAGCGGCGCUGAUAACGGUACUAAACAUAAUUACGACAUCAGUAGCGCGUUGUUGAGGAGUUUGUUAGGUGGAUUGCGCACCCAGUACGCUUUGAUCGAGUAUGAUUACUAUCAACAACCACUCAAGCACUUUCUAAAUCAUCGAGAGCCCCCUCUUGUGGAACCAACGUUGUUGGACUCUCGCAUGCACUUUUUACUCAAAAAGCCGCUCUGUGUGGUACAGGGGCUUGCAGGGACGCCUAGCGGAGUUGACGGAGAGUCACCGCUGUCUAUGAUUGCGGACCCUGUGCGUAGGAUGGAAAUCUCAUGCCGUGCAUCUCUUCUCGGGCCACCACCUUUGCUAUUAAGAAUUGCUUCUGCUGGUGAUAAUGAUAAUGAUCAAGACAAUGAACGAUCCUGUACCUCGCUUGGUAGCCAUCCUGACACUUCCAUAUCUAUAACGACCAGCGGUCCAGAGGUACAAUGGCAAGAAGAGGCCUUUCGAGUGUAUUUGUCCUACAUGUUGGAGGGGUUACAGAGAUCGAGGAACUUUAUGUAA